AGCGCGGGCCGCGCCCUCCGGCGUCCCGGCGCUCCCCAUGCACCUGCCCGGCUGCGCCCCAGCCAUGGCCGACGGCAGCUUCUCGCUCGCCGGCCACCUGCUCCGCAGCCCGGGCGGAAGCACCUCGCGGCUGCAUAGCAUCGAAGCCAUCCUGGGAUUUACCAAGGACGACGGGAUCCUCGGUUCCUUCCCGGAGGAGCGGGUCGCCCGGGGUGCGAAAGAGCGGGAUAGGAGGCCGGGCGCGCGGACCUCCUGCCCCAAGGCGCCUGCAGGAGGCGCCGAGCCCUCCACGCCGCCUGCCCCGGCACCGGCUCCCGAGUACGAAGCCCCUCGCCCCUACUGCCCCAAGGAGACAGGGGAGGCGCGGCCGAGCCCUGGGCUGCCUGUCGGACCCCCAGCCCCCAGCGACUCGAAGCUGUCAGAGGAGGAGCAGCCCAAGAAGAAGCAUCGACGGAACCGCACGACCUUCACCACAUACCAGCUGCACGAGCUGGAGCGCGCGUUCGAGAAGUCCCACUACCCCGACGUGUACAGUCGCGAGGAGCUGGCCGGCAAGGUCAACUUACCCGAGGUCCGGGUCCAGGUGUGGUUCCAGAACCGACGGGCCAAGUGGCGGCGGCAGGAGAAGCUGGAGGUGUCGUCCAUGAAGCUGCAGGACUCGCCCCUGCUCUCCUUCAGCCGCUCCCCGCCCGCCGCGGCCCUGGCGCCCCUCGGGGCGGGCCCGGGCGGCGGAGGCGGCGGGCCUGCGGGGGGCGCCCUGCCGCUCGAGUCGUGGCUCGGGCCGCCGCUGCCGGGCGGGGGCGCCACGGCGCUGCAGAGCCUGCCAGGCUUCGGGCCGCCGGCGCAGAGCCUGCCCGCCAGCUACACGCCGCCGCCGCCGCCCUUCUUGAACUCCCCGCCCCUCGGGCCCGGCCUGCAGCCCCUCGGGCCGCCGCCGCCGCCGCCGCCGCCGCCGCCGCCCGCCUACCCGUGCGGGCCCGGCUUCGGGGACAAGUUCCCGCUGGACGAGGCGGACCCGCGCAACAGCAGCAUCGCGGCUCUGCGCCUGAAGGCCAAGGAGCACAUCCAGGCCAUCGGGAAGCCGUGGCAGGCCCUCUAAGGGCACCGGGGACCAAUUCAGGCCAGAUGCCCGUCCUAGGAGCCGACCCCGAGCCGCAGGCGCUCACGCCUUCUCCCUGGGUCUCCCGGACUCGGCCACUCUUGCCCUGCGCCGCCUGAAGACCUGGGUCUAGGAUGUGCAUCUGCGCCCGACUCACCGCGGAGGGCUGACCCCCCAGGCCAGCCGAGACCUUCUGGCCACACCCACACUCCCACGGACCCCGGGCCUUGCUGCUGGAGGGGGACAGGCGGCCACGCUGCUGCCACCCCGGCGGGCGCCGGAGCCUCCAAGUUCAAGGCACCCAAAGCGCCUGACCUCGGCCGCUCCCGGGCGGCGUGGCAACCCCAGAAAAGGCCGACUGGGAGGAAGGGGAGGCGGAGAAAGUGUUUGAGGAACUGUCUGUACAAGUAGUUUCGAAGAAUUGAGGAGGAGAAUUAAAGAUUUACCUGUU